AUGACCUAUCUCGAUUUCAAAUCAUUGUCAGGUUCGCCGCCGUCCCACAAGCGCGGAAGCCUUACGACGAGCACCACGGAGAUCUUUCACCCGCCAGCACCAGCUGGGAUCACCAUGGCCACCGUCGUCAGGACAGCUUGGGCGCUUUGCCUGGCGCACAUGACCGGUACUGAUGACAUCGUCUUCGGUCAGCUCGUCAACGGCCGCAAUCUGGAGCUACCGGAGGCCGAAGCAGUUGUGGGAGCCUGUGUUAAUUACGUGCCAGUCCGAGUGACUCUUCCAGCUGCCUGCACCGUGUCAAACCUCCUGCGCGCAGUUCACGAGCAACAGACCCGGAGCAUGGCAUUCGAGACUAUUGAAUACGACGAUCUGGUGGCAAAGUGUACUUCAUGGCCGGCAGACACAGAACCAGGUACCGGGAUUCACUACGUGAACAUCCCUGAUGUGUUUGCUGGUAGCGGCCUGCCCGGGGUCCAGUCGGACCAUGAAACAUAUGUAUUCCGCUUGCCUCAUUAUCAUCCCCGUGUGGUCUGUAGUCCCCUCUCGAAGGGCACUCUUGAGCUUAAGCUUUAUGUUUCGGAUCAUCUGUGGGAAAUCAGAGUCAAGCUGAUCAGACUUUACAUCUGUUUGGGCAGGUCGUGGUGCGCCUGCUGGAGAACCCAGCGGGUCUUGCUCUCGACGUUGUGA